ACCAUGACCACCUCGCUGCCCAUAUUACCCCAGCGCCAGCCCUCCUCGCGGCCCUCGCAACCCUCGCAACCACCGCUGCGUCCCAAACUCAGUCUCAACACCCAGCAGACCCGGCUGUUCGGCAAGCAGGCGAGUCUGCGACUGGAGACCCUCUCGGCCGUCUCCCCCACCGUCCGCAACACCUUCAGCAACGCAUAUGAGGCACCUGUCUCGGCCGCGCCAGCCUUGGGCAGACCCUCCAAGCCACGGUUAUCAAUCGACAGCUCAGUGCCAAUCUCAGGACUAGGCCAGGCAGCUUCUGGCGCCGCGACGGCCCUCCAGAUAGAUACCAGCACACCCACAUCAUCAGUUCCAAACUCCGCCUCCACGCUCAACUCCGGCUCGACAUCAGCCUCCUCCACUGAUUCGGCGACCAUCAAAGUGCCUUAUAAGCUCUCCCACAACCUCCCCUCCAUACUCUCGAACAGUCCCGCACAAUCGAUAAGACCGCGAAAAAUGGCGCCCUACCGACCCUUCUUCCCCGCCACGAAGAAAGUAUCCUUCCGAACACCUCUAGAGGAAGAGAUUACCACCUCGACAUACACCCUGGCACACUCAGACAUUGAGCCUUCAAGCAGCUCAACUCUCUCCAUCGAAUCAUCCUCCACAUCGUCAUCCUCAAGCUCCGAAGCCUCAACAUUAUCAACACAAUCGACCGAGUCGAAAUCAGAACCCGAGUCCCUAUCACACUCACCAUCCACCCUCUCAUUAUCCACUUCCUCCUCCGAACCCUCUACAACCCCGUCACCGGCCCCAUCCUCGCCAAUCUCGCAAUCCAGCUCGCCCACCUUCUCCUCCACCGAAUCCCCACUCCGACUCCGCGGCCCCCGCACCGGCGAGAAGCGCGACUCCUCGUCCUCCGAGGAAUCCGACAGCGAAGACUCGUGUCCCGAAACCCCCGUCGCCGGGCGCAGGAAGCGGCGGCGGGAAUGGGUGUGGACACUCGGGCCGAUCGGGAAUGGAAAAUUCUCUUCGUCAAGCGACCCCGCCACCAGU